UCCGAGCCUUCCUUUUCUUUCUUCCUCGCUACUUCUUUUUUACGUUCGAAUUGGUCGGAGGGAAAGGAGUUGUUCUGUCCAAUUAGUCUUCAUAGACUUCUUUCCGAAUUUCUAGUAAUAGACAUCUCCAUUUGGGGGAGUCGUUUCUUUAUGUGCUUCUUCACACAAGAUUGCUAGAUUUCAUUUGUUGUAUCUUCCAUCUUCGCCUCCUUCCCUACACCUUCAAAUUGGUUACCGUACGGUAUAUCACUUAGCCCAAUAUGCAUAUCAAGGAGAUGCUAGCCGAUGCCGAAAGGACCGGCCAACCGUCCUUCUCAUUCGAGUAUUUCCCUCCGAAGACCGCCCAAGGUGUCCAAAAUCUGUAUGAUCGUAUGGAACGUAUGUACGACUUUGGUCCCAAAUUUAUCGACAUCACAUGGGGAGCAGGAGGACGUAUUGCCGAGCUAACCUGCGACAUGGUUGUCCAGGCUCAGGCUUACUUCGGCCUCGAGACAUGCAUGCAUUUGACAUGCACCGAUAUGGGGGAGGAGAAGAUCAAUGACGCACUAAAGAGGGCAUACAAGGCCGGUUGCACUAAUAUAUUGGCCUUAAGAGGUGAUCCUCCACGGGAAAAAGAGAAAUGGGUAGCCGUCGAUGGUGGUUUCCAGUAUGCAAGGGAUCUUGUCGCUCAUAUACGAACGACAUACGGCAAUCAUUUCGAUAUUGGUGUCGCCGGUUAUCCCGAGGGUUGCGACGACAAUAAAGAUGAGGACAUGCUUCUGGAUCAUUUGAAAGAAAAAGUUGACAUGGGUGCCACCUUCAUUGUUACUCAGAUGUUCUACGACGCCGACAAUUUCGUGCGGUGGGUCGGAAAAGUGCGAGAGAGGGGAAUAACCAUCCCAAUUGUGCCCGGAAUUAUGCCUAUCGCGACGUACGCAAGUUUUAUCCGGCGAGUAAAUCAUAUGAACUGCAAAGUUCCCGACGAAUGGAUGGCUGCACUCGAACCGAUUAAGAACGACGAUGCUGCCGUGAGGGAGGUCGGGAAAUCGCUGGUUGCUCAAUUGUGUCGAAAGAUCAUGUCUGCUGGUAUCGUGCAUCUCCACUUCUAUACCAUGAACCUAGCUCAAGCAACCCGCAUGGUCUUGGAAGAGCUGGACUGGAUGCCAACUACGACACGUCCUCGUAAACAAGCCUUGCCGUGGAAGCAAUCCCUUGCACUUGGUCGACGUGAGGAAGACGUCCGCCCCAUCUUCUGGCGUAAUCGCAACAAGUCAUACAUCUCAAGAACCCAGGACUGGGAUGAAUUUCCCAAUGGCAGAUGGGGUGACUCACGUUCGCCUGCUUUUGGCGAAUUGGAUGCAUACGGCGUCGGCCUAGGCGGCACCAACGAGUUCAAUCGCAAGAGAUGGGGCGAGCCUAGAUCCGUGCGAGACAUCGCUUCUUUGUUCGCGAAAUACAUCCAACGAGAUAUUCCUUCUUUGCCAUGGAGCGAAGCCCCUUUAACCGGUGAAUCCGAUUCAAUUACAGAGGAUCUCAUCAAACUCAACCAACGCGGUCUCCUAACUAUUAAUUCUCAACCCGCAGUAGAUGGCGUCAAGUCCACGCAUCCCGUGUAUGGAUGGGGACCACACAAUGGAUAUGUUUAUCAAAAAGCGUAUCUGGAAUUACUAGUAUCCCCAGACUUGUUCCCCGAGGUUAUUCGGAGGAUCAACGCGAACCCGGAUCUAUCAUACUACGCCGUGACCCAAUCCGGGAAGUUCACGACAAACACCUCAUCCGAAGGCCCUAACGCGGUCACGUGGGGUGUCUUCCCGGGCAAGGAGAUUGUUCAGCCCACAAUCGUCGAGAGUAUCAGCUUCUUAGCUUGGAAAGACGAGGCCUUUAGACUUGGCAUGGAUUGGGCUCACUGUCACGAAGCCAACUCCCCCAGUCGCGUUUUGAUCGAGAAGAUCAUGAAUGAGUGGUAUUUGGUCAACAUUGUAAACAAUGACUUCCAUCUACCGCGAGCUAUUUUCGAACUCUUUGACGGAUUGACGGUCGGAGAUAUUGAUGUACCUAUGACUGCCCCUCUUCGGGGAUCGGAGCAGUCCAACGGAGUUCAUGAGACGAAUGGCAACUCGGCUGUUAAUGGAAGUGGAGCGAUCGCAACUGCAUGAGAUUAGCGAUGAUAUAGGGAACGGCGUCAUUGAACUUUUCAACAAGCAUUUGGCUGGUAGGCGAAGGGAGUUACCAUUUCAACAACAAGCAUAUAUCAAGGCGUUUGGAAACGGAGUCCAGAUUUUUCAACAAAAAAUCGGAGCACAGGUUUAGGGCUUUAACGGCACCCCGGAAAAAGGGAUAGGCUUAAAAGAGGCUGCGCUGCAUCAUAUCUCAACGAUACCCCCAGCAAUGACAGAUGAUGAAUUUUGAAUACCAUUUCUUGUUUUUCUUGGUAUAUUGGACCAAGGAAAUACAUUCGAGCAGCAUUCAGUAAGUCGAGGUAGCGAAGUUAGUUCGAAGGAAGCAUGUGGGCGACGAAGAGAAACGAGUUAUAUUUUGCCAUUUUCCCACCUACCACAAAAGUUGGAUGAAUUGGAUAACAUUCAGGACU